AUGGGGUGUUGCUAUUCGAGAAUAGAUAGAGAAGAGAUGGUUUCGAGAUGCAAAUCAAGGAAGAGGUACAUGAAGCAGCUCGUGAAAGCAAGACAAGCUUGGUCUGCAGCUCACACCAUGUAUCUUCGUUCUCUUCGCAGCACUGGUGCUGCUCUGCUCCAAUUUUCAAAUGCCGAAACUACCGUCCAUCACCACAACAACCACUACAGCCACCACAACAACCACCACUCGCCACCACAACCGCAAACCCCACAAACCCCUCUCACCCCACAACCGCCGCCGCCGCCGCCGCCACUCAGCUCAAGCUCUGACACAUGGACGACAUCAACCACAGUCUCGACAGCUCUCCCGCCUCCGCCGCCGCCGCCUCCGUCGUCCACAUGGGAUUUCUGGGACCCAUUUGUGGCUUCUUCUUCGAGGCCAGUGACUGAAGAAGAGUGGGAGGACAACACGACUGCCUCCGAGGCGGUGAUCACUGUCACGGCGGUGAGCACGGCGGCGCCGCCUUCUGUCGUCAGUGGGUUUUCUAAAGAGAGUGGGGCGCCUACGAGUGAGCUUGCCAUGGUGGUUUCGAGAAAUGCUAAAGAUCUGGUUGAGAUUAUAAAGGAGCUUGAUGAGUAUUUCCUCAAGGCUGCUGAUGCUGGCGGACUUCUCUCCUUGCUCUUGGAAGUUCCCACCCCUGGAUUUUCUUCUUGUCAAAAUAAAGGGGGUAAAGUUUAUAACCAUGGGUGUAAUUUGAGCCCCUCACUGUGGACAUGGGGAGGUUCAAGUCCCAAGUUUGGUGGGUUUGGAAAGAUGGGUUGUGAUGAGAUGGUGCUUAGCCAUUUAGGUAGUGGGGUUGGAGAGGAGGGUGUUGUGAGUGGCAGCCAUUGCUCUACUGUGGAAAGGCUUUAUGCUUGGGAAAAGAAACUAUACCAGGAAGUCAAGGAUGCUGAGACAAUAAAGAUAGAGCAUGAGAAGAGGGUGGCUACCUUGAAGAAGCUAGAGAUGAAGAGGGCAGACUAUGUGAAGACUGAGAAGACCAAGAAUGAUGUGGAAAAGCUGGAGUCACAAAUGAUGGUUGCUUCACAGGCCAUUGACACAACUUCUGCUGAAAUCAUCAAACUCAGGGAGACAGAGCUGUACCCUCAACUCAUUGAGCUUGUCAAGGGAUUGAUGUGCAUGUGGAGAAGCAUGUAUGAGUGCCACCAGGUCCAAAAGCACAUUGUUCAGCAGCUCAAAUACCUGAACACAAUACCAUCUACUGAACCUACAUCUGAGAUUCACAGACAAGCAACACUCCAGCUUGAGCUUCAAGUCCAGCAAUGGCACCAGUCAUUUUGCAACCUGGUCAAGGCUCAAUUGGACUACAUCCAGUCCCUAACAGGAUGGCUCCGGCUUAGCCUCUUCCAGUUUAGGAGACAUCCAAUAUCAAAGACAAGUCAAGAAUCAAGAAUUUACAUGCUCUGUGAAGAAUGGCACCAUGCAAUUGACCGGAUUCCGGACAAAGUAGCAUCUGAAGGAAUCAAGAGCUUUUUAACCGUAGUUCAUGCUAUUGUAGUUCAACAAGCAGAGGAAUAUAAGCAAAAAAAGAAGUCAGAAUCGACAUUUAAAGAGCUUGAGAAGAAGGCAACUGUGCUUAGAUCGCUGGAGUCCAAGUAUGGCCCAUAUUCAAUGCCUGAUUCCGCUAGCACUUCUACAAAGAACCCAGUUGCUGAGAAGCGGGCAAAGGUGGAGGUGUUGAGGGCAAAAGCAGAAGAGGAGAAGAGCAAGCAUGAAAAGUCAGUGAGUGUGACAAGAGCCAUGACACUAAAUAACUUGCAGAUGGGGUUUCCUCAUGUCUUUGAGGCGAUGGUGGGAUUUUCAAGUGUGUGUAUGCAGGCAUUCGAGUCACUAUAUAACCAAGCCAAAAGUGCUAAUCAGGAGCUUGACGUUAAGAGGUUACUACAGUAA